UUGGCGGGCGGGGCCUCAUAGUGGGCCCUUGGAUUUUCAUUACUGUUGUUGCUUGUAGUGGCAGUGGUUUGUUGUGAGGGUUGUGAAUGCGAUAAAAAAAAAAAUGACUAGAUUGUGUGAGCUAUUCUCAUCCGCUAACAAAAUCUUUAUUUUUGGAAGUUAAAGUCUUAAAGGUCUUGUGAAUUGACAUCAGAUUUAUUACAUCUCUUUAGUUGUCUUGCUCAUAACUGACUGAUCAUGAAGACCUCAAGAUAUGACGUUGAUAAAGCAAACCAGCGUUGUUCUAGCUGGCUACAAAAUCAUCAUAGUGAACACAAAGUUUUUGUUGAUGAGACCAUGGAGGCAGAUGACCCAGAUGACCAAGGACUUACUGAGCACCCCUGCGAUCCUCUGAAAGAUUCAGUUCUUUACUCGGCUGAUGAAGAUCUAUCUAACCAAAGUGCCCUUAGAAGGAGGAGUAAAAGAAAUUCACCUCAAGAAGAAGCAUUCUCAGAUCUCAGUGAAAUUUCUCAAGAGCGCUAUGAAAAUUCACGCCUUCGUCAGAUUACUGAGGAUAUGGAGACUGAUAUGUCAUUGACCAGUGAUGAGGUAUCGGUUACAAAACCAAAGAUACUGAAAAUAAAGACUGAAAAAUUAGAUCUCAGAUGUGGAUGGAGGAACUGCUAUUUCACAACUAGUGAGAUAGAGCUUUUUGUGACCCAUGUUGCUGCUCAUGUUCCAGACCUUGAAGUAAAAUGUAGCGAAGAAGAAAAUGAAGAGGUAUAUUCAUGUCAAUGGGAAUCAUGUGACUUUGAAACGCCUAACGGGGAUGAGGUGACCCGACAUGUGAACUUUCAUUCUUAUCAUACAAAGGUUAAAUUCAUAGGAUCCCUUGUAUGCAAAAGAGAAAAACUUCCUGAAUGCACCUAUGGUGGAGCAGGUGGAAACCUUGUACCAGAUUUACCCCAACCCUUGCAAUGUUUGUGGAAUGAAUGCCCCUUCACCUCCAACAACCCGAAUAUUUUUUAUGGUCAUGUGCAGGUACAUUCUUUAGAGAUACCAAAUAUAAAGAAAGCAACUGAAAAAAAAUUUCAAUGCCUAUGGCAAGGCUGCAAAACAUUAGUGAAAAACAGGGAUCGCAUAUCAGAACACUUACGAGGACAUUCAAAGGAAAGAGUUGUUGCCUGUCCAAUAUGUGGUGUUCUGUAUUCUAGUCGAAUGAGGUUGAUUGAUCACAUUAAAAGACAAAUUUCAUCAGAAGAAUUCAUGACUCAUCAGUGCACCCAUUGCUCCCGUUCUUAUCCUUCUGAGCGGAUUCUCAGAGACCACAUGAGGCAUCACGUUAAUCAUUUCAAAUGUCAGUUUUGUGAUAUGACUUGUCCCACACAAUAUGCUCUAAGUAAUCAUGUACGAUUUCGACACCUUGAUGAAAAACCCUUUGCCUGCGAAUAUUGUGAUUAUAGAGCUAAAACUCAGUAUAAUAUAAGACGACAUAUGGCCACUCAUUCGACUGCAGACAACUUUUUUUGUGAGGAGGACGACUGCAGCUUCUCAUGCCGAACCCUUAGUGUUUUAAAUUGGCACUACCGCAAGAAGCAUGAUAGCCCCCCUGUUUAUUGCUGUCAUAUGUGUGCUGCCAAAUUUGCAAGGGGCGCGUAUCUUACUCAACAUCUUAUGAAGAAACAUAAUUUUAGGUGGCCGUCUGGACAUACACGUUUUAGAUUUUACAAGAACCAUGAAGAUGGCCUUCUUCGUCUUCAAACUGUCCGUUAUGAAAGCCUUGAUGUUGUUGAAGAUAUCAAUAGGAGGGAAGGAGAGCCCUCUUCAGUUUUACAAACAAGUAGUAAAUUUAACAUUUCAAAGGUAACAGAUAACAAGGAUGGUGUUUUGGCCAAUUUUAUUGUAAAAGAAGUAGAUGACAACCCUGACGACCCAGAUGACCCCUUUACUGAGGAUGGAAACAGUGAUAUAAAAGUUGGGCAAAGUAUGCCAAGUCUGGACGAUGAGAGUCCACCUACAUGCAAGAAGGUGCUCAUUUCUAUAGACGAAGUAGACAGUGACGGCAACAUCAUAAGUUCUAAAACCAUGGAAGUUGACGAAUUACUUGAUAUGGAGGAAGUAGAAAAUGCUCGAAUUGUCACAGAUGGCAUUGAAUUUGAGAAUCUAGCCUAGCAAGUUGACUGAAUGAUAUGCAUGCAGGAGUAAUCUAUUUAUCUACCUGACUAGUCUCAUGCUGGAGUUCUAAAUUCUAUUUCAAAACCUGAAUUUUAAAAUUGAAUUUGCAAAUCCAGCAAGUUGACUGAAUGACAUGCAUGCAGGAUUAAUACAUUAAUUGACUAGUCUCAUGCCAGAGUAUUAAAUUUUAUUUCAAGACCUGAAUUUUAAAAUUAUGGUCUUAAAAAAUGUUUCUUUUUUUAUUUUGUUUUUUUAUUCGAAGCAAAAUUAAAAUUAUAUCACAGAAAGUUCAAAUGCUUUAGGGAGAGUUAUACCAAGAGUUUGCAGAAGUCUUCACUUUGUAAAUUGCAUCUUCAAAAAAAAUACAGUAAAUCAAACAAUC